AUGCCCGACAUGCUCUAUUACGCAAUGUCCAAAUCCGCGCUCGACCAAUUUACCAGAAGCACGUCUAUCGCCCUAAUUGCUCAUGGCGUUCGUGUGAACUCUGUGAGCCCUGGAGCAGUUAUUACUGGAAUUGAUGAAGCCAUGGGAAUGCCAGCAGGAUCUUUCGAGAAGAUGGCCAAAUUCUGGGAGUCCAAAAAAGAGUGUCUACCAAAUGGACGUGUUGGUCAACCAGAUGAUAUCGCUAAUAUCAUCGCAUUCCUGGCAGAUCGUAAACUCUCAUCGUACAUCAUCGGACAAACGAUCGUUGCUGAUGGUGGAUCUUCGCUGGUUAUGGGAAUGCAGGCACAUGAUAUGAUGGAGAUUUUGAAGCAACAAUAA